UUUUAAAAACUCGUUUUGAAUAACCCCCUCAGCGACUUUGAUACAUGUAAAUUUUUGUAUAUAAGCUGUAGUCUCUCAGAGUCAAUUAUCUUUCGUUUACGAAGUUCACUACAAUCCACACAUAGCAACAUGAUUUGCAAAUUCCUUGCCUUCGCCACCCUGCUGGUAGCAGUCAGCGCGCAGCACUACGCGCAGGCAGCGCGCGGCCACGCCACUUCGUCUCAGUCCAUCAUCCGCCACGACAGUGCCCACAACCAACACGGCUACAUCCAACAAGCUGCCCCUAUUGCCUACCACCAGGCCCCAAUAGUCCACUCCGCCCCAAUCGUCCACGCUGCCCCAAUCGUCCACUCUGCUCCCAUCGUCCACGCCGCUCCGUUGUACCAAAACCAACACGGAUACUCUCAAGGACAUGAAGAAUACGCUCACCCCAAAUACGAGUUCCAAUACAGUGUAGCCGACACUCACACCGGAGACAUCAAGUCCCAGCACGAGGCUCGCGACGGUGACCACGUCACUGGCUCCUACAGCUUGCACGAGGCCGACGGUACCGUCCGCACCGUACACUACACUGCUGACGGUCACAAUGGCUUCAACGCUCAAGUGGAACGUUCCGGACACGCCCAACACGCUCAACCAGCACCCCAGCAUCAUCAACCUCAAUACGUCCUAGUUUUGAAUAACCCCCUUAGCAACUUUGAUUCAUGUAAAUUUUGGUAUAUAAGCUGCUGUCUUUCAGAGUCACUUAUCUUUCGUUUACGAAGUUCACUACAAUCCACACAUAGCAACAUGAUUUGCAAAAUCCUUGCCUUCACCACCCUGCUGGUAGCAGUCAGCGCGCAGCACUACGCGCAGGCAGCGCACGGCCACGCCACAUCGUCUCAGUCCAUCGUCCGCCACGACAAUGCCCACAACCAACACGGCUACAUCCAGCAAGCUGCCCCUAUUGCCUACCACCAGGCCCCAAUAGUCCACUCCGCCCCAAUCGUCCACGCUGCCCCAAUCGUCCACUCUGCUCCCAUCGUCCACGCCGCUCCGUUGUACCAAAACCAACACGGAUACUCUCAAGGACAUGAAGAAUAUGCUCACCCCAAAUACGAGUUCCAAUACAGUGUAGCCGACACUCACACCGGAGACAUCAAGUCCCAACACGAGGCUCGCGACGGUGACCACGUCACUGGCUCCUACAGCUUGCACGAGGCCGACGGUACCGUCCGCACCGUACACUACACUGCUGACGGUCACAAUGGAUUCAACGCCCAAGUGGAACGUUCCGGACACGCCCAACACGCUCAACCUGCACCCCAGCAUCAUCAACCUCAAUACGUCCUAGCUCAUCAUUAAGAAUCAAAUCUCUAAUAAUCACAUAGCAUCAAUACACAUCCUACCUUUGAGACUUUUGACUUGAUAAGCUAUUUGUUCCUAUUUGUUACUUCUUCAUAGUUAAUAUUAAAUCUAGUCUAGUAUUUGCAAACAUUGUAGCGACCAACUACAUGCAAUUAAAUAAACAACAAUUUUAAUAUA